GGACAAUUCAGAAAACGUACAUGAAAAUAUUUCAUGGAUCAGUAACUCCGGGAUUUUGGGCGCGAUUAGUCUCAUUGGCAUACAUACUGUUGGGAUUGUUUUAUGUUCUUUCUGGGCAUUAAAAGGAAUCAGAUGUCCUCAGCAUUAGGACAUUAGAAUAGAAACAGUGACAGCAAAUUAUUCAGAGGAAGUAAACCACCUUUGACACAAUGUAUUUGCCUUAAACGACUGCGUGGGACUGUGUUAUGAAGAUGGUUCAUAGUUAUAUUGUAAUAAUAGCAUGCGGUUUUGGUAGGCUUUAAUUGAAGAAUUAUAAGAUUUCUGAAUGUAGGAAGGCGCACUGAAGUCCAUCAGACGAGAGCCACCUCCUCCGGUGGCUUCUUGACGUCAGGAUAGGUCUAGCCACUGAAUAUCAGUUCGGACCGGUGAGUCGUGGAUUAUUGCGGAAACAUAUACGAAGACAGGAGGUAUUUCCCUCACAACACAGUUGUCCUGUGGCAGAUAAGACCAGCAGCAAAAUGCCUUUGGGAGAGGAUGGAAAUGGAUGGAAAAAGAAGACGUCGGACAUCAAGGAAUUCUAUGACUUCAAGGAUGUGCUGGGAACGGGCGCAUUCUCUGAGGUGGUUCUGGCAGAGGAGAAGAGGACCCAGAGGCUAGUGGCCAUCAAGUGCAUCCCAAAGAAGGCACUGGAGGGCAAGGAGAACAGCAUUGAAAAUGAGAUUGCUGUCCUGCACAGAAUAAAGCACACCAACAUUGUGACACUGGAAGACAUCUUUGAGAGUCAGUCCCACCUGUACCUGGUGAUGGAACUGGUGUCAGGUGGAGAGCUGUUUGACAGGAUAGUGGAAAAGGGUUUCUACACAGAAAGAGAUGCCAGUAAACUCAUCUGUCAGAUCCUGGAUGCAGUCAAGUAUCUCCAUGACAUGGGCAUUGUGCACAGGGACCUAAAGCCAGAGAACCUGCUGUACUACAGCUUGGAGGAGGACUCCAAAAUCAUGAUAAGUGACUUUGGGUUGUCCAAGAUCGAAGACUCUGGGAGUGUGAUGUCUACAGCCUGCGGAACCCCUGGAUAUGUGGCCCCUGAAGUGUUGGCACAGAAACCCUAUAGCAAAGCUGUAGACUGUUGGUCCAUCGGAGUCAUCUCUUACAUUCUUUUAUGUGGAUAUCCACCAUUUUAUGACGAAAAUGACUCCAAGCUGUUUGAGCAGAUCCUCAAGGCGGAGUAUGAGUUUGAUUCUCCAUACUGGGAUGAUAUAUCAGAUUCGGCCAAAGAUUUCAUCUACCACCUCAUGGAGAAAGACUCGGUGGAGAGGUUCACAUGUGAACAGGCUUUACAGCACCCCUGGAUUUCUGGUGAUACCGCUCUCGAUAAGAACAUCCACGAGUCUGUCAGUGCUCAGAUCAAGAAGAACUUUGCUAAAAGCAAAUGGAAGCAAGCGUUUAACGCCACAGCUGUGGUGCGACACAUGAGGCGGCUGCAGCUGGGCACCAGCCUGGAGGGCACCAGCCACAUCACCCCAAUCAGCCCCUGCCACGGCCACCUACUCCUGCCCACCGAAGACAUAGCUGAGGAGGCAGAGGAAGAGGAGGAAGAGGAGGAGGAGGACAACGGCUCUCAGUGUGGAGAUGAACGCAGAGGCAGCGCAGACCGGGACAGCCUGAGGAGCUGCACCUACUGCUGUCGACCGUCCAGCCGGGUCUGAGUACAACAUCUAGAACCUAGAACACAGAACCUGACCCGUCACCCAAGCACCACCUCUCCCCCCUCAAACUACCACCAGUCUGGCUCGGAAUAUAGAGUUAUCCCACCAGUGUCCACUAGGAGGAGCUGUGCCAAUAGAGGGGAGAGUAAGUAGUCUCCUGGGGCCAGGUGUACAUUAAACAUGUUUAGAGACAACUAGGCAAGGGACGUUUAGUCUAAAUAUACGGAAUUAGACUAUUAACUGGGUUGGAGCUUUCUUUAUCAAUCCAACACCUUGCGAGGGAGGAGCUUAAAAUUAUAGUGAUGAUUCAUAAAGACACCGAAAAGUCCAAUGGGGAGUGGAGCUCUUCUGAAGCAGGUUUUAGAAGGGAAGUCAGCUGUGGUUAUAGGCGAUUUCACAGAGACAAUUUCACAGAAUAAAUUACUAUAAGUUUCUAUCAGAUGUGAAAUCUGGUCUCCACAGCCAUUGUCUGGCCCCACGAGACCAAGCAAGCAGUGCAGGGAGACCAAGUCAGGACAGGAAAGAAUUCAGGCAUAAUAUAGAAACACUUGUGGCAGCAGAUUUGUGUAUUGGUUGUCUUGAUUUGACCUGAUUUUGACUCUUGUUUUUUAUGUCCCAACCAAAGAGAGCUAUUGUUAUGUUCUGGUUAUUUUCUCCCUCGGAUCGAAAGCAUGGAGCUGAGGUCUACUUAAAGAUGGUCAGCUCUAAUAUCAGGGAGUGUACUUAGAUAGUUUAUCGCCACCCAUGGCUCAAAGGUUUCAUUCAACUCACUAACUUUUGUUGCAUUAGAAGAUAGUGAAAGGUACAGUUUAUAGUGCGUAUGAAAUUUUCCAAUGCCAAGUUUCCGAUCUAAAUUCAGCUAUGAAGUCAUUAAAUUCCUGCUGCACUCAUAUACAAUUAAACUUUCUUGACAUAUCAGCACACUUGGCAACAGGAGCAGAGCUCACACAGUAAACUGUACAAAAUUGUGCACUCAAAACACUAUGCUAAUAUCCCCGUCUUGGCAUUUUGCAUUUUAAUUACAUUAAUUCCUUCCCAUCUGUUUGGAUUUUCACCCUUGUUGCAGCCCGGUGCAGUGCACUGUGGGUCGGCUCUGCAUUGGGACUGGGGAAGAGUUGGGAUAAUUGCCCAUCACUUGAACUCUGUAUUCCGUGUCAGACUGGAUUUGUGUAACAGUUUCUGCUGAGGAGGGUUUGCAUGCAUAAAGGGGAUUAUACUAUACAAUGUUCUGGACGUAGAAGGGGGACCUAACGGCUGUUCUGUUCUCUGAGGCACAAACUGAGAUCCCGGCAGCGCCAGCCCUGGGGCCCCACGGCACCGUCAGCCAUGAGAGGGGGUGGGGGGACGGGGGACAGGGACGAGAGGUGGGAGUAUGAGAUCUGAAAUGGGAUAUUAUGUAACAGAGUUUGACGAGGGGAAGAUGGGAAGGCUUUUUGUGUCCACACGCCAGUAAGAAAAAAACAGCAAUAUCUUGCGCCCUCUCGACACAGCAUGGUGAAGGCAUCCAUAUGUAAUCUUGCUGAUGGUGCUGAAUAAUACAUGUACGUUCCCAGAGGGCACGGGGGACUGGAUUCUCAGUUCUGUUUUAAGCCCCGAUUUGUAUCUACAAUAGACAGCUCGGCGGUCAGACUGAAAAGUAGCCCUGCUAGUGUUCCUGUGACGCUGGAGAAGUCACACACCAUCACACAUCCUGACACAUUCCUUCUGGUCACGUCCGCUGUCACACCCCUCAGAAAGCAGAUGCUGCAAGGGCAAAGAUGUGUGUCACUAAAAUGUCUAAGAAAACCCACAGCUGUGCUCAGAUUUGUCAUUUGGGGACAAUCCUCUCUGGGCACGUAGUCUCUUUCGGUGUCGGGUUAGGGUUGGGUUUCCUUUCUGGGGGUUUAACCUCCAACAACCCUCCUAUUAAUGAGCUGCUGGUGACAAAAAAAGAUACAAAUCCAGAAACAGGAGCACAGUUCACUCCCACAUGCUGUGGUGGGCCAAAGGGACACAGCAACAUAGCGUGACAACAUCUCAUACAUAUGUGAUGCAUGGACUCCUCUAUGCUCCCUCCCAAACGUGAUCGUGCUCCCGCAUCGAGGUCUUAGACAUGCCAAGUAAGUAGCAGUGGCAAGCAGGAAGGAAAAAGCACGCCCAGGGGGAAAGUGGGGACAGUAGAAUGGUUAGGACAUUGACUUCCGGCAAGUAGUCUCCCUCCUGAAUUUUUAUGACACGAGCCAGUUGGGGGGCCUGAUUGACCUGCUUCAGCACAGGAUGAGCUUGGGGAUGGUUGUUCUCCCUCUCUCUCUCUCUCCCAGACAGAGCGAAGGGAUCUCAUGUUUGUGCUCUCUGUCUGAUCUGUAAUGUGCACCUCUGUAGAGGAAGUCCAAUGUUUGCAUGAUCUGGUUAAUAUGUUUACAUGUAAGCGAUGAGCGAUGAACAAUUUAAUAGACAUAUAAAUAUACAUAUGUGUACAUAUAAAUAUAUCAUCAUUAUUAUUUUUAUUAUUAUUUAGACACACCCAAGACAGUACACGCUUUUACUGAUAAAUAUCUUGUGUCGACACAAUGUUUUUUUGCACUGCCAGAGGCGACCUCUGCAUUGUUAAUGUGACCUAUGACUCAGAUGUGCUGCCUCUUUCCCAGUGCCGAUGUGCUCCGUUCAAGAAGUUCACUGGAGACCGCAAGCUCUCCACUAGAGGCUCUCAACCUUGGUCCCUGCAGUUAAUCUUAGUCACAAAGCCAGUGUUGCUUAUACAAUGCAAGCCACUCGAUUUGCAUUUCUGUGGAGAAAUACAGAAUCCCGAGACAUUGUCGGUAAAUGAAAAACAGGCUCUCUCGGUGGUGUUGUGACAAGAAAACUUCAAGAUUCUGUAGUAUAAUGCAGAAUUGAAUUAGCAUAAUAUGGAUAUUAUUCAAGCAAUUACUGUCAAAAGUAAGCUGUCCAAAGUCCCUCCUCAUGGAAAACCCCACCAUGUGAUACUGUCCCAAUACAAGGGAAACAAAGCCAGAGUGUCAACAGAUACUUAGAGGGACUCUGCAGGUGGGUACUCUGAUUGUUACUCAGAUAAAUUAAACCAGACAACCAGAAAUCCUUCAAAACCUGCACAUAGCAAAGAAUCACAAAGAAGUACAAAUUGAACAUUAUCACAAUAAUAUCAAAAGAUUUCAAUAACUUCAUUGAAAAAAGUAUUAAUAAAACUCUGCCACAUUUUGACACACAUCCACAUAUCUGAAUCAACUGCGAAAGAACUGACAGACAAUCGUGUAAGCAGGCUCUUCCUGUUGUAGCCCAAGACACGGCACAGAACCAACUUAACCACAACUAAGUUAUAUGACUUCAAACCUAUCCGUUAAACUUUAAGCCUGCCUUUAAGGCUUAAAGACAAACCUGAAAGAAAAGAGCCAAAGGAGAAAUAAAAGUCAAUGAGUCACUACCUCCUGUAAUCGCAGAAUGAAGGAUUUAAUGAGUUAGUCAGGGCAAUAUAAAGACAGAGGUUAAAGUUCUGACAAUUAGAACACUCUGUGUGACUGUCUCAACACAACAAAAACAAAGGCAGUGUCAACAGCAUAGAAGAAGCAGCCCAGAGAGUGAGGAGGGGGCCUAUAUGCAGUGACUAAUAACCAGGCUGCCAUAAUCCUGCACAUAGCAGGAAGACACACGAUAAAAAACCCACUUUGUGGUCCUACACUCACAUUGGAAGAUGACAGACUAGUGUAAAUCUUACACAUACAUGGGAGAUGAGCUGCCUGUGUAAAUUCCUUAGACCAAGGUUGAGAAGCCUCUAAACAGUGAUAAGUAUAUAGUUCUUAGUUCUAGCCUAAAGUUUUUUGCAUCGUAUCGUCUCGCUCAGUUGCAGUGGUGCCAAAUUUUGGUUCUGGAACGCUUCCUCUGUGCCCUCAGCCUCUCUCAGCAGUCAGUCACUGAGCCGAACACAUCCAUCCCUUACCCCUCCACCCAUUUGUGCUCGUUGGCAUAGUUUCCCUCCCCAGGUCAGAGGGAGGGUGAGGGGACGGGGGUUAGUCACUCAGGCCUGAGGGAGCUGAGUCACAGACUGGGGAGGAUGCUCUUGAGCACAGUGGCCUUCUAGAACCAAAGCAGGCUACGUACAUCCUUGCUGUGUUGUACUUCCCUAAUCAUUACAGCAGCUGCUUCACCACAGGGGAAACCGUAGGAAAGAGUUUUUAUCCUACAAGAUAACGAUGCCAUUUUUUUAACACGGAAGUAGAAUCAGAACCAUUCAGUGCAAUUAAAAUAUUGGCAAAAAAAGGGUGUAGCACAUCUGCAAAACAUGAUUGAUCACCAAUACUUCAACAACGACCGAGCCAAAGCAUUAGGAGAAAGUUAACUGGUUCAGCUGCUGAUACUGUAUGUUACAGCAUGUAAACGUGUUACAUGCCAAUGUAAUGAAAUCACUGGGGAUUGGAAACUCUUGGUAAAAUCUAUCUAUUUUGUUCAUAACUACCUUGAGCUGGCCAGUUAUGCAAAUGAUGUGUGAAGGGCUUAAUCUAUCUUGUCUCUUAGGUGUCCAUUACAGCUACAUCGGGCUGUUAUGUUUCGUUGGGUGAAGUACAGUGUCUAUCCUAUUACAGAUGUGUUUUGUUUGUUUGUUUGGCUGAGUAAAUUAUUCAAUUGACUGUCAUGAGUCAGCACAGAAGCACUGGUUAUUUCAAUACACAAGUGUGUGUAUUAUAUAUAUAUAAUUAUAUAUAUAUUGUAUAUCCUUUUUUGUAAAAGCUGUUUUGAGCUACUAAUGUAUGGAUGCAAUGCAUCAUGGGUUACUGACCAACACACAAGAGACCACUGAUUUGUAACCUCAGAGAUAUGGUAGCAGGACCUGAAAUAAAACUCCCUUGUCUAUGCA